CCUUUAAGGGCACAAAAGUCAAUCAAUUCAUUACAAUCAAUGAUUUACACAACACCUAUGGACCGGUAUAUACACUUUGGAUGGGAACGACACCAAUGGUUAUCAUCGGUGACUAUAAUUUAGUUAAAAAGGCAUUCAAUUCAAAGAAUAAUGAAUUAAUGGGUCGUCCGGUGAGUGGAUUAAGAAAAUUGUUAUUUAAAUGUGGAAAUGACGUGAUUUGUGCCAAUCAUGGCCCGGUUUGGGCCAGCCUUAGACGGGUUGCCCACUCGGCGGUCAGAAAACUAGCGGUAAGUGAGAAGUUGUCUGAAUUGGUGGACGAUGUGGUCAAUGAAACCGUUGAGACAAUGAUUAGUAAUGAAGGCAUCGGUAAACCAUUUAAUCCCAAGACUUAUAUUUAUAUGUCUGUCCUCAACAUAAUCGCGUCGUCGGCUUUUGGCAAACGCUAUUCCUUUGAUGACAAAGAGCUCAAGUUUUAUGAGAAAAGUUUUCAGUCGUUUAGAGCCAACACUAAUGAGAAGGCGCUCUCCAAUUACAUACCAUUCCUGAAGAGAUUCUAUUCAAAAAGUGUUAACAAAACUGUCGAAAGUUUUACAAAUUUAUCGAUUAAUUUAAAACAGAAAUAUUUGGAUCGACUGAAAGUGCACUCAAAGGGAGAGAUCCAUGACUUCUGCGAUGCGCUCAUUGAAGCCAAAGAGGAGGCCAUCGCUAAGGAGAAGGAGUCCGCCCUUCAUCUCAACGAUCAGAACCUAUCGCUAGUUAUUAUGGAUCUCUUCAUAGCGGGUGCGGACACCACAGAGAUAACGAUGCGAUGGAUUGUACUAUUGAUGGCAAACAAUAUAGAAAUGCAGUUAAGAAUGAGACACGAAAUCAAUGAUAUUAUCGGCGAUAGAGUGGCAGACAAUCACCACAAGAAUGACUGCCAUUAUGUCAACGCUUUCAUCGCUGAGACUCUUAGAUACAGAAGUCCUGCACCGUUAGGUUUGGCACAUGUGGCACUUUGUGACUAUCAAUUGGAGAAAUAUCACAUCAGUAAGGGAUCACAGGUUUUCAGUAAUCUGUACGCAAUAUCCCGUGACCCCAACCUAUGGUCCAAACCGGAUGUCUUCUCCCCCAACAGGUUCUUAGAUAAGGACAACAAAUACAUGUCAGCCCUCCCGGGGUUCACACCCUUUGGAAUCGGACGGCGUAUAUGUUUGGGUGAAAGGCUGGCGCUCGCG